AUGUCCCAACAAAAGAUAUUCAAUGACCCAAUCCAUGGCUACAUUGAGAUGCCUCCACUUUGUGUUGAAAUCAUCGACACCCCACAGUUCCAGAGACUGCGGAACAUUAAGCAGCUUGGAGGAGGGUACUUUGUGUAUCCAGGAGCUUCUCACAACCGCUUUGAACAUUCCAUUGGUGUGUGUCACCUCGCAGGCAAGCUGAUCAAAAUACUGAAGGAGCAUCAACCAGAUUUAGGGAUUGAUGACAAGGAUGCGAUGUGUGUGCAGAUUGCUGGCUUGUGUCAUGACCUUGGUCACGGCCCAUUUUCCCAUGUCUUUGAAGUGUUCAUGAGGGACGCUGGUGAAGAACAAUAUAUCGAGUGGAUGAAGAAGUGGGAGCAUGAAGAGCAAUCGGUGAAAAUGUUUGAGGCCCUGCUUCAGGAGAAAACAAAGGACACAACAGAGAGGACAGUUGAAGAGUUGAUGUUUGCAGAUCACAAUUUUACAGAUGAAGACUUUGAAUUCAUCAAAGCUCUCAUAAAAGGCGAAAAGAGCUUGGAUUGUUCCACCGCCAGGAGGGCUGGGACACGUUCAGAUAAGCCAUUCUUAUAUGAGAUUGUGGCCAACAAGACAACUGGUAUUGAUGUGAACAAGAUGGAUUACCUCAGCAGGGACUGCCACCACCUGGGCAUUAAAUGCAACUUUGACCACGAGCGCUACAUGAUGUUUGCUCGAGUUUGUGACAACCAGAUCUGCGUGAGAGACAAGGAAGCAAGGAACAUGUAUGAACUCUUCCAUGCCCACCACAGUCUCCACAGCAGUGCCUACCAACACCCAGUUAAGAAGCUCGUUGAACAAAUGAUUGUCGAUGCCCUUUUAGAGGCUGAAAGAGCUGGGUUUCAGAUUCUAGGCAUCAACAAAACAAUCACAGAGGCUGUGGAGGAUGAGAAGAGUUAUCUGCACCUCACAGAUGAUGUUCUUCAGGAAAUCAUGCGACUGUCACUAGAAGAUUCUCAGUCUAAAAAUCCUCAGUCAAAAGUUCCUGAUCUGUCAAAAGCUGAGAAGCUCAUUAAGAGAAUCCAAACACGAAAACUUUACCAGUGCAUUGGCACUAAAACACUUGAGAAGAAUGUAAACAAUAAGGACUUGAGACAUUUUCUUAAGAACAUUUCCAAAAUCCUUGAAGAGCUUAAAAAGGCAGGACUGGGAGAACUGGAAAGCUCUGACUUUGAUGUUUUGGUAUCACACCUACUGCCGAGCAGAUUCACUGAAACCAAGGUAAUGCUGUACUACAAAGGCGAGAAAAAGCUGAACUUAGAUGAGGACACAAAAAACAAGGCUUUGGAAAAAUUUUGGGACAUUUAG